GAACAAAUUACGUAGUACACUAGUACCUGUCUUUCAUCUUUUCUUCAUACGAUUCUUUCCCACGACUUCACGGCAAAACACCCACACCAAGGUCGUCGUCCCAAUUUCUCUUUCUCUCUCCUCUUAUCGGGAAACACCGCCGUCGUUGUCGUUAACUAAAAGAGUGACAGAGGAGAGAGAAAGUUAGAGAGAGUUCCAUUGAAGAAAUAAGAUCAUGCUCGCUCUUUUUGCAUGGCUGAUUUCCUUCUUUGUCGUCGUUGUUUACCAGUAAUGGCUACUCCACCAAUUGGAGAAAGUACAUUAGCAAAGCUAAAGCAAGGAUCUCUUCUUUGGUUUUAUGGUUUCAAAGAGGCUUGUUGCGUUCAUAGAGUUGCCAUCUUUUGUUACAGGUCUAAAAGCCUUUUGAUUCGAACUAGUCAAUGUUUUCUCUUCAAUGGAUUUAUUUUUCUGGGCAGUGUAUAUAUAUUGAAAGCAUUUCUUGUUCCUAUGUUGGAAUGGAUAUUGCCAUCUCAAUGCCCUCAUAUUUUGUAUGAAGAAGUAUGGAGAUAUGGAGUGAUUUUGACUAUUUAUUCGACAACGCGAAAACUUCUGAUUCAACUCAUCUAUCUGGUGUGGUUCUAUCCAUUGUACGUGUCCAGCAUUAUACUGAGCAAUAUCUGGUACAAUGAUAUAGCUAAGCAUGGGUUUAUUGCUAUGGGGAAGCAUAAGCCUUCAACAGCACGGAUGGCAGCUGAAAAAGAGGCAUCAAUUGUACAAAUUCCUGGUUCAGAUAAAUCUGCUGGUCUUGAAGGGAUCAUGAUUGGAAUAGGAGAGCAAGUCUACUCAGUUCUUCUCCUGAGCUUCUUCUUCCUAGAGGUUUUUGCCACUGGUUUCAUACCAUAUGCUGGGAAAGCACUCAAUUUCUUGCUACUCUCCUGGAUGUAUGCUUAUUAUUGUUUUGAGUACAAAUGGAAUCUUUCAGGAGUUACACUCGAUCGAAGGCUGGACUUCUUUGAGUCCAAUUGGGCAUUUUUUGCUGGUUUUGGAAGUCCAUGUGUGCUGGCAAUUUUCUUCUUCCCUCCUCUGGAGAGCUAUGCUGUCAUGGCCACUCUUUUUCCUCUGUUUGUUUUGACAGCAACAGGUUCAGAUGCUGAUAAUCUAGUAUCUUCACUGAGGAAGCAGUGGCUUGGCGUAGGAUUAGGAAGGGUUCCUAUAUUUUGUGGCGCUGAUACUGUCUCGAUGAAGGUCUUGUCUUUCCUCCCUUUAAGAUCGCGGGAGCAGAACCAAGGAAAGAAGGCACUUUAAGAAAUUCUUAACAAGUCAUAAAAAUAUUAAGGGAAGAUCAUCAAUUUCUUUUUUCUCUCUUAUCAAAAUUGUGCAUAUAACAGCUUAUAUACAAAAUGUAUAGAGAGUGUGCAACUUGGAUGAUACCAGCUUUUGUACAAUGUAUAUACUAUACGAUAUGAUUUCUUAAUAUAUGAUAUUUAUACUUGUUGGAU